CUCCUUGCUGAGGUCGGCCUUCCUCCUGCUGCUGCUCAUCAGCGCCACCUGGCUGCUGGGGCUGCUGGCGGUGAACAGCGACGUGCUCACCUUCCACUACCUCUUCGCCAUCUUCAGCUGCUUGCAGGGCCUCUUCGUUCUCUUGUUCCACUGUGUGCUCAACGGGGAGGUCAGGAAGCACCUGAAGGGGGUGCUCUCCGGGAAGAAGCCGUACCCCGAUGACUCGGCCACCACUAGGGCCACCCUGCUGACGCGCUCCCUCAACUGCAACACCACCUACAGCGAGGAGCCCCACAUGCUGCGCACGGCCCUGGGCGAGUCCACUGCCUCGCUGGACAGCACCGCCAGGGUCGAAGGAGGCCAGAAGCUCAGUGUGUCCUCUGGGCCAGUGAGGGGUGGCCAUGGGGAGCCAGACUCAACCUUCCUCCCCAGGAGCAGCAAGAAGCCGCCCGGCCAGGACUCAGACUCGGACAGCGAGCUGUCCCUGGAUGAGCAGAGCAGCUCUUACGCCUCCUCACACUCGUCGGACAGUGAGGAUGACGGGGCAGAGGCCGAGGACAAGUGGGACCCGGCCCAGGGCCCUGUCCACAGCACCCCCAAAGACGCUGUAGCCAACCACGUCCCUCCGGGCUGGCCAGAGGAGAGCCUGGCCGGGAGCGACAGCGAGGAGCCCAGCGAGAAGCCGCACCUGAGGGUGGAGACCAAGGUCAGCGUGGAGCUGCACCUGGACCAGCAGGGCAACCACUGCCGGGAGCGCCUCCCCGACGGGGAGACCUCCCAGCGGCAGCAGGGUGGGAGCUGGGCCUUCCAGAAAGGCCUUUCCAAAGCCUAA